CGGCUACACUACCUAAUAGUCAGGAACUUGGCAUGGCAUGCUCACCUAAGAUAAAAAGAGCGACCUCGAGUCCACAGCCCUGGGAGGACACGUCUCACAACAUUUGUCUUACAAUAUCCCAAUCCCAUUUUUAUCAAAAACGAGGCUUAGGUCCAAGUUUACGCAUAGUUCAUUAUGGCUACUCCUGAGAUUCCAAAGAAGCAAAAGGCGGCUGUCUAUGAUCAGCCUGGAACUGUGUCAACCAAAGUGGUAGAAGUAGACGUUCCCGAGCCUGGCGCAGGCGAGGUACUGAUCAAUCUGACGCAUUCCGGCGUGUGCCAUUCGGACUACAGUGUCAUGACAAACUCUUGGGGCUGGCUUCCACACCCAACACAGCCCGGACAAGUUGGUGGUCACGAAGGUGUCGGUAAGAUUGUGAAGCUCGGGUCUGGAACCGAAUCCUCCGGCCUCAAGAUCGGAGACAGGGUGGGAAUCAAGUGGCUUUCCAGUGCCUGCACGCACUGUGAACCAUGUCAAGCCGGUGCGGAAGGACUUUGCGUUGAUCAGAAGGUCUCUGGAUACUAUACCCCUGGGACUUUUCAGCAAUAUGUUCUAGGGCCUGCCCACUAUGUGACCCCCAUCCCAGAAGGCUUAGAAUCAGACGCAGCAGCACCCAUGCUUUGCGCAGGUCUCACCGUCUAUGCUGCCCUCAAACGAAGCAAUGCUCGACCUGGACAGUGGGUUGUCAUCUCUGGUGCCGGUGGUGGACUGGGCCACAUCGCUGUACAACUGGCCAGUAAGGGUAUGGGGCUGCGUGUGAUUGGUGUCGACCACGGCAGCAAAGAGGAGCUAGUCAAGGAAUCCGGUGCAGAGCACUUCGUUGACCUCACCAAGUUCCCUAUGGAUGACAAUGGCAAAGCCAUAUCCGACCAUGUAAAGUCACUUGCUGGUGGCCUGGGCGCUCAUGCUGUCAUCGUUUGCACAUCUUCCAACGCAGCCUACGCCCAGUCUGUGCAGUUCUUGCGCUUCAACGGGACAAUGGUGUGUGUUGGUCUCCCCGAGCACGACCCUCGGCCCAUCGCAAGUGCGUUGCCCAUAACCUUAAUCGGCAAGCAUUGUUACAUUACAGGGUCGGCCGUCGGUAAUCGGAGGGAGGCAAUUGAGGUCUUGGACUUCGCAGCGCGGGGCAUCGUGAAGACUCAUUUCCGAACAGAGAAGAUGGAUAAGUUGACAAGUGUCUUCGAGGAGAUGGGCGAGGGUAAACUGCAAGGACGAGUUGUCCUGGACUUAUCCUAAGUUAGCCGCUGAUUCCUUUCAUUCACAAUGCAUCGAUCGAAGUACGACGUAGUAAGCAGAAUGUCGAAAUUAAAGGAGAAUGAACAAUAAACAAACCGCAUACAGUUCAAUUG